AUGUCAUCUCAAGGCCAACAACCGAGUUCCCUAGCACCAAUUAUCCAGCCAAAGCAAUCUCCGAACCCAAACAUCUCUUCCCCAGCGUCCCUCCUCUGGGCCCAUCAGCUUCACCGUGAACAAAACGCACUCUCCACCCAGAUAUUAGAACUAGAAUCAUCACUGAAGUCUUCCAUCGCGGCAAUUAAUGACUCUCUUCUGGCUAAAUUAGACGCGUUCACAGGGCAAAUUGACCAUCUCAAGAGCGAGGUUGAGCAAUUGAGACGUGAUAGAGCUGCAGAGGCCGAAAAGGUGGUGAGGUCAGUUGAGGAUAAGCUGAGUGAAAGACUCGGUAUUAUUGACGAGAGAUUGAGCACCGCUUUCGCUAGAGACUAUGAGAUGACGAGUGAGAUGGUUCGGGAGGAAAUUGGGAGGAUUAGGGAUGAGAUUGUUGAAGCUUUCAAGGUAGCUGUUGCUGAAUCAAGACAGCAGCAGCAGCAGCAGGUUGAUACCCUACAACCGAGACAGAGAGCAUUGUCACUGGUUUUACAGGAUGAAGCAUGCCUAAAUCCUGAAAUUGAGCAGUCUACAUUGGUAGAGCCAAACCCUCUGCCCCAGCGUGAAACACAACCGGUCAUUGUUUGGCAGGACAAUGUACAGCCAUUAUCAACUCUCCACUGUACCUCAAUAGAAGAACCACUGGCGCAGCCCAGGAACGCAGUGAAUACCGGUAUUGACACAAGAGGUACUGACCGCCCAGUACACACAAGAGCCAAUGGUACCCGCCUGGACCCUCCUGAGUUAAUUAUGCAGGGGCCGAUUCUGCUAUCGGACUUUCUUGAGCUGGGCCCGGCAUAUAUAACCCUGGGGUAUGAUGAGAGUCAGGUAGCAAUGGCUCUGUGGAAAGGGUUAAACGAUCCGCUCCUGCGAAGGCUGGUGGCCAAAGAAAUGCCUGAAAAGUACGACCGUUGGACAUGCACCAAGUUCGGGGAAGUGGUCAGACGACUGAACAGUCACAAAGAAGGUAUAGAUACAGAAGCAGAAAUGAAAGCGGUAAAGCCAACGGAGGGAACGAAGAAAAAGAGACGGCGAGUAAUUUCGGUCGUUUGGCCGACAGAUGAAGAAAGCGGUUAG